AUGGGGGGUAGAUGGAACCCUUUCGGGUUCCGCUUGCUAUCUCUCCUGGUUUUUUUGACUAUUGUUUCGAGGUUUCGGGGUUGUUGGUCUGUCAAUGAUGAAGGAUUGACUUUGUUGUCAUUCCAGAAGAAUAUAAAGUUUGAUCCUUUUGGUGCUUUGGAAAAUUGGAGUCCCAAUGAUAGCGAUCCUUGCCUGUGGAAGGGUGUUCAUUGUGUGGACAGUAAAGUGCAAAUUCUGAAUCUGACGGAUUUUUCUUUGGAAGGGACAUUGGCACCUGAACUUGGGAAACUUAGUCACCUAAGAUCUCUUGUGUUCUACAAGAACCGUUUAUCCGGUGAAAUUCCUAAGGAGAUUGGGGGCCUUACAAGGUUAGAGCUGCUGGAUUUGAGGGACAAUAACUUGAGUGGGACAAUUCCAGUUGAGAUAGGCAGGAUGCUGUCACUGAAACGCUUGUUGCUUUGUGACAAUAGAUUUGAAGGCAGCAUUCCUCUAGAGCUCAGGAGUCUCAGCUUGCUCUCUGAAUUGCAAUUUGACAAUUACCUUACAUCUAGUGGAAACACAGGAUUUGGCUGUGUAAACAGAAAGUUUGGACACUGCAUCUGGCAGAGCAAUUUAAAACAUGUGAAUAGUGGAGAUUCCUUGGUGGUAUUGCUUAAAGUAGCUUUUAAGCACUAUCUCAACUACUUGUCACUGCCACGUUACAAAAAGGACUCGCUGCAUAGCCAGGUGGACAGUUGCUGUGAUAAUUUAUCUAGUUUGUUUGAGUCAAACAUGGUCUUUGCUCGACGUAGGCUACUUGCACAAGCCAGUAACCUACCAGCUGCACCUGUUAUUGGUACGGUACCUUCUGGACAGAUCAUUGCUCUACCAACUACCCGAAGUAGUGGCUCUUUCCCAGCUGUGCCAAAAGAUAAAAAGAAAAAUUCUCCUGCACCUGCACCUGCACCGCAGCCUCCAUCUCUUGAUCCUCCAUCACAUGAGAAUUCAAAACCUAGUGGACAAUCUUCCCAAAAAUCAAAUGGAAAUAUAUGGAAAUACAUCAUUAUUUCUUUUAGUGUGCUUAUCUUGCUCAUUGUUCUUAUAGCCAUGGUCUUCAUGUGUCGAAGCCAAGCAGUUAAAACCAUAGGUCCUUGGAAGACUGGAUUGAGUGGGCAAUUGCAGAAAGCAUUUAUAACAGGAGUUCCCAAGUUGAACCGAUCAGAACUGGAAACUGCCUGUGAAGAUUUUAGCAAUAUUAUUAGCACAAUUGAUGGGUGUAUUGUGUACAAGGGAACACUGUCCAGUGGAGUUGAGAUUGCUGUUGCAUCAACAACAAUGUCUUCUUUGAAAGAAUGGUCCAAGCGUGCAGAGAAUGCUUACCGAAAAAAGAUUGACGUACUGUCACGCGUGAAUCAUAAAAACUUUGUCAAUCUCAUUGGCUACUGUGAGGAGGAUGAACCAUUUACGAGGAUGAUGGUGUUUGAGUAUGCUCCAAAUGGAAAUCUCUUUGAGCAUCUGCAUGUUGAAGAAAUGGAGCACCUUGAUUGGAAUGCAAGGGUUAGGAUCAUUAUGGGAACAGCUUAUUGUCUUCAAUAUAUGCACGAAGAGCUAAAUCCACCUGUGCCACAUCCUAACCUGAAUUCAUCUUCUAUCUUUUUAACGGAUGAUUAUGCUGCUAAGAUUGCAGAGAUCUGUUUCUGGACAGAAACAACAAUCGGAAAGCAUAAGAAUUCCAGUGAUGACGAUAAGGAGCAUUCUGAAUUGCCACCCCUCUCUGAUCCAGAAACAAAUGUCUACAGUUUCGGAUUAUUGUUACUUGAAAUAAUUUCUGGAAAGCUCCAAAACUCAGAAGAAGUAGGGUCCCUUUCGUACUGGGCUUCUGCAUAUCUAAAUGAGAAUAGAAGCAACAUGGUAGAUCCAACCCUCAAGUCCUUCAAAAAUGACGAGCUCGAUGUCCUAUGUGAGGUCGUCAAAGAUUGCAUAAAUCAAGAUCCUCGGCAGAGGCCACCAAUGAAGGACAUUACCGCUAAACUGAGGGAAGUGAUCCCCAUCACUCCCAACCAAGCAGUCCCCAGACUAUCUCCCCUCUGGUGGGCUGAACUCGAGAUCUUAUCUGUAGAGGCAACCUAA